AUGAAUCGGGAAGAGAAUUACUACUCACCCGGCCACCUUUACAAGGACUCUUGUGUCUAUCAGAGGCCCCAUAACGAGGACUACAGUCAAAGCCCGCCGCCGUGCCUCUAUAUGGGCAGACAGGCUCAGUCCGCUUACGCUUCACCUUCCUUGGGCGCCCAGGACCAGCAUACUUGUCCAGAUAUUACGUCUUAUAUGCCCGUCAGAGAAGAUCUUGCAAUGUCCCACCUGCACCAUCCACAAGCCCAGCAACUGCCUCUACAAUCCUUUGGCGCUUAUGGAGAUUCUCUUGACCUGUGCGCGGAUCGGAACAGGUGCCAUCUACCCUUCCCUUGGAUGAAAUCGACAAAAUCUCAUACGCACGCAUGGAAAGGACAGUGGACAGGUCCGUAUAUGGUAGAGGCCGAAGAGAACAAGCGCACGCGGACAGCAUACACCCGCGCACAGCUGCUCGAGCUGGAAAAGGAGUUCCUUUUCAAUAAAUACAUCUCGCGUCCACGGCGCGUGGAACUUGCGCUCACCCUCAGCCUCACCGAGAGGCAUAUCAAGAUCUGGUUCCAGAAUCGUCGCAUGAAGUGGAAGAAGGAAGAGGACAAGAGAAGGGCCAGAGGGAUAGAUCCAGAGCAAGACUCGUCUAUUACCUCCGGGGAUCUCAAGGACGAAACGUGUGCGCAAGGGACUCCAGCGGGACCACCGUCACCCUUGCGAUCUCAUAUGCCUUCAGCUCCGCGAGAUCCUUCUUAA